UCCGCCGGCCGGGAAGUGGCGGGGGAGAAGGACGGGUGUGAGGGAGCGGAUUCAGCGGGAAACGCUCGGCCUGCGGAGGAGAUUUCCCGUGGUCGCCAGUGCGAGCCAAAGCAGGGGUUGCUCUUGCCCACUCUCCAGCGCUCGUAAGGGAACCGGGAAGAUGGUGAAUGUUCUGAAAGGUGUUCUUGUUGAAUGUGACCCAGCAAUGAAGCAGUUUCUGCUCUACUUGGAUGAGUCAAAUGCUUUGGGAAAGAAGUUCAUCAUACAAGACCUGGAUGAAACUCAUGUCUUUGUAUUAGCUGAGUUGGUCAACUUCCUCCAGGAGAGAGUGGGCGAGUUAAUGGACCAGAACUCGUUUCCUAUUACUCAGAAGUGAGAAAAAACAGAGAAAUGAGAUUACUGCAAGUUUUGGAACAGUGAAUUUCAAUAGUUUGGCUUGCUACUGUUUUAAUAGAUAACACUGUGGCAUGUAAGUUCUACAUAGAAGUGGCUACUAUAGAAAAUGCAUCAUUUUCAUAGACAAAAUAGUCUGGAAUUGGAUCUUGUUUCUCAUUUUGAAAGAAUGUGGUAUCUUUAUUAAAGUAUUUAAAAUUAUACACUUGAGGAGUUCCCUUGAGAAUUUUUGGUGCAUGCUCUCUGGUUUUCCUUCAGAUUUUUAUCUUGCAAUAUGAGAUGACCCAGAAAGUAGUGUUUCUGUAUUGGAAUGCUGUAUGAGGUCCUCUGAUGUGUUGUGUUCCUGUGUGUGAUUGAAUCUGAUUAUAGUGUGACUGACAGAAAGUAAAGAAUGUCUGUUGCAGUAUGAUCUGUGCUUGAUGGAACAUCUCUAAGUUGGAGGCAUGGUCAGGUACUGCUCUAACUUGCAAAGUUUUGUACAGCAGGAUGAGAGUGUGUGUGACUGCUUUGUUGUGUUGUUUUGAGUUGUGAGUGUUGGGUUUUUUUUUUUGUUAAAACAUGUUGAAAAUGCCCCAUACUCUUUGCCUAUUUUUACCAAGGCUGUGCUUUCUGAGUUGUUCUGAGUUUGGGGAGUGGUGGUGGAAGUUUGGAGGGGAAGGAGGGAUAUGGGGGGAUUGGGACAACAAAAUCCAUUGCCCUAGAUCAGCAUAAAUUAAUGGGGUAACAGAAAUGGGAGACCAGUCCUAUAGGUAUAAUUGCUUGUAUUUUUUCACUGAAGCUGAUAGUCAAAAUAAGUUAUGUGAUCAGACUCCCAUGCUCUACCUAACAAACAAGAAAGCUGGGUUUGGAUUUUUGGUUAUGGGGUUUUGUUUCUUCAGCUUACUUCUUUCUCCCAUAUUGCCUUUUGCUGCAAAGAAAAAAGCUUUGUAUCGUCAUGGUUUGGUUGUUUGUUUUUCUUUUACACUGUAUUUGUAACUUUAACUCAGACACUGGCUUGGUUUUUCAGACCUAUUCAUGUACAUCAUGUAGUGAUGCACCACUGGUGCUUGUUUCUCUUGUCCAGUAGAUAUCAGAUUAAUUGGUCGGUUUGUCCUUGUUUCUUGUUUGGAUUGGUUUUGUGGUUUGCCAUUUCUUUCCCCUCAGGAACAGGGAACCUUCAGGAGAAAGUUUCACUAGAUGUUUUUAAUCAAAAAGCUGUCCAAAGAAAGUUCUGUAGAAUUGUGUAUAUUCAGGCUCACGUGGAUGAGCAAAUAGCCUUGUAAAAUUUAACUUCAUUUCAUUUCUGGUACCUUCCCUUUUCUCUGACUUUAUAGAACAAUGAGUUGUUUAAUCGCUUUCUUUCACAAGUGGGUGCUUCCCUGGUCAUGUAGAUUAAGAACCAGCUACACGUCUUUAUCUGAAAUAAGAAGUUUAAAUCUUAUUUAUAAAUGGUUUAUGGUUCCUUACCUCUUUCUUGAGCUUGAUCUCAAGAGACCUAUCACACAUUGCCCUCAUAACUGUUCUUUUUGUGGAAGAUUAUUGGGGGCUCAUUUAAUGGAAAAGUAAUCAGUAGUUUUAACAUGGCAUUAUGGCUCAGUGCAAUUUAUUUAGAAGUGUCUGUUUCCUUUCUUUGGAAUCCUAGUUUAUUUUCCAUCCAGAUUCUGCUGAAAGAUAAAUAAUUUAUCAUUCUCUCUUCAAAUGACAGCAUAUGAAAAGUCAUGUUUGGAAUUCCACAUGUUAAGCCUCUCUGUAUUUAGCAUGUCUACUGCUCCAUUUCUAUUGUGACUUUUCAGUCUAUAAUAAACUUCUUGCAGUUCUUGUC